AUAUUAAAAAUUUACUCGAACAUCAUUAUAUAAACUCCGCCGAUUCCCCCAUAAUUCUUCAAUAACUCUCAAUCGAACAUCUACAGCCGCUCUCUCAACGAAUUUCUCUAAUUGUUCUUUUGUCUACAGCGUUUUUCAUUUGAUGUUGUUUUUUGUUAAUCGAUUUUUUCCUAUUAAAUUUUAAUUGGAUAUUUUGCAGGUUGCGGAUUGUAAUAUUAUAUAACUUUUUGGAUUUUACAUAACUAUUUCUUGCAGGAUCUUGAGUUGUUCGUUGCUUUUCGUUUCUAUUUUGUUAUAUAUAUCUGUUUUUUUUUUCUGGGAUACUUGAUAUUAUGGAUGCAGGAUCUUUGAAUUCUUUUUCAAACUUGAAUGGUCAAUCUAAAUGGCCACUCCAAGAGCAGUUUCUCCUGAGAAGGAAUAAUUCUAAAGAAAAUAUGGAUAGAUUCAUACCGAACCGUUCGGCAAUGGACUUCGAUUAUGCUCAUUACAUGCUGACCGAAGGGAGGAAGAUCAAAGAGGACCAAACAGUGUGCUCACCUGCCAAGGAUGCCUACAGGAAGAUGUUGGCCGAGAACUUGAACAUGAACCGGACCCGGAUCUUGGCUUUCAAAAACAAGCCACCGACACCGGUGGAAAACUUUUCUUCCGAUAAUUCGACUGCUUCGGUUCAUCCGGCCAAAUCCGCAAAGCCUAGAAGACACAUUCCACAGAGCUCUGAAAGGACAUUGGAUGCUCCUGAUCUCGUCGAUGAUUUUUACUUGAACUUAUUGGAGUGGGGCAGCGGCAAUGUUCUUGCAAUAGCACUUGGUAACACCGUGUAUUUGUGGGAUGCUUCAGAUAGUUCUACGUCAGAACUUGUUACAGUUGAUGAUGAAAAUGGUCCAGUAACAAGUGUGAAUUGGGCACCCGAUGGUCGGCAUAUUGCCAUCGGCUUGAACAAUUCCGAAGUACAACUAUGGGAUUCGGCUUCGAACCGACAGCUGCGUACUCUGAGAGGCGGUCACACAUCGAGAGUUGGUUCGAUGGCAUGGAACAAUCACAUUCUCACAACAGGAGGCAUGGAUGGUCAGAUUUUAAACAAUGAUGUGAGAAUCAGAUCACAUAUUGUCGAAACCUACAGAGGGCACCAGCAAGAGGUUUGCGGGCUGAAAUGGUCGGCUUCCGGACAACAACUAGCCAGUGGAGGCAAUGAUAAUCUUGUUCACAUAUGGGAUAGGUCCAUGGCUUCUUCGAAUUCACCAACACAAUGGCUGCACAGGUUGGAGGAUCAUACAUCUGCGGUCAAGGCCCUAGCCUGGUGCCCUUUCCAGAGCAAUUUGCUGGCCACUGGUGGAGGAGGCGGUGAUCGAACCAUUAAGUUUUGGAACACACAUACGGGUGCAUGCUUGAAUUCGGUCGAUACAGGCUCUCAGGUGUGCUCUCUGCUGUGGAGCAAGAACGAGAGGGAGCUUUUGAGUUCUCAUGGAUUUACUAACAAUCAGUUAACCCUUUGGAAAUAUCCAUCGAUGGUGAAGAUGGCGGAGUUAACCGGUCAUACGUCUAGAGUACUUUACAUGGCUCAAAGCCCCGAUGGCUGCACGGUGGCAUCAGCUGCCGGGGACGAGACACUAAGAUUCUGGAAUGUUUUUGGGGCCCCAGAAGUGGCUAAAGCUGCUCCAAAAGCGAACCAUGAGCCAUUCUCUCAGUUGAACCGUAUCCGGUGAUG